AUGGAUGAAAAUGAAUACAAUUUAAUAAAAGAGUAUUUUUUUGCCAAAAUUAUCUCAACGACACCAUACAUAUCGGACACGGAUUCAGAGCAAACGGCGCCGACAGUCACUCAAUCGUCGAACCCAUCCGUUAAUCCCUCGGAUAUAAUGGAUGACAACGACAAUGAGAUCCACCGGCAAGUGGUGCACGAGUCCUACGAUGAUAACCAAGAUAUAAGACUUUAUGGGAGACAACACUCGCUAUCAGUCGAGACGAUAGGGUCGAGUGAAUCAGGAAUUGAACCUUGUCAAUAUGUGGGACAAUAUGUGGGCGUAACUAUUCGUUCUGCCCGUGAUUUUAGCAAAUUGGAGGUUCGCUUGAAAACGUAUAAAAAGUAUUGGAACAAUAAUGUCCCUGUACCUAUUGAACAACUAGCACAAGCAGUAGGUGUGUACCGUUGGGAAGUUGGUGAUGACCCAUGGAUUGGCCAUGCUAAGGGCUCCCCUAAUUGCAAAUUUUUAAGAGAAAAUAUAGACAACCAUUACAUAGGACGUUAUGGGAGACAACAAUCGGACACUAAUGGGACGAUAGGAUUUUCGUUCUUAAUGCCCGACACCAACCGCGCGAUGUCUCCCAUCACUGUCCGGUCACCGGUAGCCACCGCUAUGCCAUACCUGUGCCCCACACACACGGGUCGACAGUAUUAG